AGGGGCCCAGGCUAGUCCAGUCCGGGACAGCACGCCUCCUGCUGCACGCUCCACGAGGUAGAACGGCGAACUUAGACACGAGCACGUAGGACGUAUUAAGCGCGGGACGAUCCUGCGAUACAACAACAACAACAACCUGGCUGGCUGAUCCUUCCAAGAGGAUACACCGAUAACACAGGGACGUCGCCCUUCCCGUGGAGAGAGAGAGAGAGAGAGACGCCCUCUCCUGGGAUCGAUCCUUGGCCUUGGUCGAUUUCACUCCCCUCCCCACCCGGUCAAAAUCAUCCCAGGAUCAGAGAAGGAAAGGGGAUUUCGUUCCGGCGCGACAAUGCGUCGCGAGACCAACGUUUUCUCUCCCCCCGACGAAGAGAAGAGAAUUUUCCCGGAUCCAGUUUGAUCUGAUCGAUCGAGGAUCGUAAAAGAUAAAGGGAAUCGAAUCCCCGUGGAUUUUCAACGACGAGAAACGGCGGCCGCUUCGAGCCACCGCCCCUCCACCCUCCACCCUCCCCCGCCUCGCCAUCACACGCGUCGAGAGCCACGCGAUCACCACCCGGCCGCCCGGACCAGCGAUCCGGAAGGUUUCGCGCGACGACGGUGGCCAACGAGCCGGCCACUCUUAACGAACACCUGAUCCACGGUGAUUGAACACAACUCUUCCACGCCACCAAGCCUCCAAUCUCUUCUUUCUUUCGCCCUUUCGUGAAUGAUAUUAUCGUGAGUAUCGGUGAGUAUCGUCGUGAUGCGUGGAAUCUUCUCGUUCGACGAUUUCGUUGCUCGAUUCGAGGGCACGGAUCGAGCUCGGUGAGGAUUUUUCGGAGGAAACAGCGAGGUUUUUCACCAACGAUUUUAUCGAAGAGAAGGGAAAGAGAAGUGGAGAGAAGUAAGAAAUCUUGCGAUCAGAUUUUGUUGCUGUGAAAGAGAAAUUUCUGUGCGACGGGUAUGACGGACUCCGAUUGUGAACGGUGCGACGGGCCCCGCGAACGGUGAAAAGUGUUUUGAACGCCUGUGUUCAGUGAAAUAUCCAGAGACAUCAACGCGCGGCGAGGAAGGUGGCCGAGGGAUAAACGGGCGGAACGCGAGAUCACGACGACGAAGGGAUUCGAAUUCGGAGAGAGGCGAGGGGUUGAGCAGACGCCUCGUCCAAAUCGGCGGGGUGUUGUCCGAGGCGGAGGAGGGUGGCGGAGGAAGGCGAGGAUCGGAGGAAGGGUGGCGUGCUAUGAUCAGCAUGGAGCUUCCGGCGCACACGACGCAGCAUGGUGCUCUUCACCUGGGGGUCGGGGUCGGGGUCAACCCAGGUGACCCAGCCGGAAGUGCCCUGACCGCCAUUCAUCCGCAUCCUCAGGACGCCCUGGCCCUCCACCACCAUAAUCACGGAGCUGCAACACCCGGAGGUAUGCACGAGGACUCCAAGAAAAAACAUGACGGUGGCCAUGGAAUGAACCAGGACGGCCACGGCGGAGUUAACCAGCUCGGCGGCGUCUUCGUGAACGGAAGGCCCCUACCGGAUGUAGUGAGGCAGAGGAUCGUCGAGCUGGCGCACAGCGGCGUCCGACCGUGCGACAUUUCCAGACAACUCAGGGUAUCUCACGGCUGUGUAUCCAAGAUACUGUCGAGGUAUUACGAAACUGGUAGCUUCAAGGCCGGGGUUAUAGGCGGCUCGAAGCCGAAGGUAGCGACGCCACCGGUCGUGGAAGCGAUCGCUAAUUACAAGAGGGACAAUCCGACUAUGUUUGCGUGGGAGAUCAGGGACCGAUUGCUCGCGGAAGGCAUUUGCUCGCAGGACAACGUGCCAUCCGUCUCCUCGAUCAACCGAAUCGUGAGGAACAAAGCGGCGGAGAAGGCGAAGCACGCGCAUCAACAACAGCAGGCGCAGCAGCAGCAAGGUCAGCAGCAAGGUCAGCCGGGAUCAGGUGGUUCCGUGUCGGUGAUAGCCCAUGCACCUGCAACGGCAGCGGGUCACCCGGCGGCGACCGCUCCCAACGCUUACAGCAUCAGCGGCAUCCUGGGAAUCCCGGCCCACCACCAGGACCCGAACGGCAACAGCAUCAAGAGAAAACGCACCGACGACGACGACAACCGAGACCUGAACGAUCAUCCCGAGGACGAUCUGAAGAGGCAGAGAAGCAACUACAACGGCGAUCAAUUGUACUCGAACCUGUGGUCGAGUAAAUGGAGCAUCAAGGACGAGCACAAGCUCCUGAGCGAGCUGGGAGGAGGCGGCGGGGGCGGAGGCGCGAGCGGUGGCGGUGGUACGAACGGGGCUGGGGCAGGCGGAGGUGGCGGUGGCGGUGGUGGCGGCGGAGGUAGCGGCGGUGGAGGCGGAGGUGGCGGUGGCGGAGGUUACUACGAACACGGAGGAUUCCCCGGGAACGCGAUUGCCACCUCCGCCGAGCUGUACGACUCCCUGGGCACCAUCAGCACGAUGACGCAAGCGCAAACGCCCCAUCUCUACACCCCGCCCAUAGGGGGCACCAUAGCAGGUGGUACUUUGACGCCGCUCGCGCCACUGACGAUGCAAGAACUAAAAUUGAGCCAAACAUUGGACGGGGCUAACAUGUCUCCUUACCACACCACCGCAGAGAGCAGUACCGUCGCAGUGUCGUAUGUGGGGGUGGGGGCCGGUGGGGGGGAGCAGAGUCCCCCGAUUUCGUUGCAGAACGAGACAAACGCCACCCCCACGGCCCCCAACACCCCCGGAGGGGACCCCGGACUGACGGUCUUGCAGCCGCCAGUUUCUCAACCCCAGGUAGCAUCUGCGAUACCACCGUACUCCACGAUGCUUCCAAGUUUCGGACAUUACGCCACCGGUGGUGGUGAUUACGCAUACAGCGCGGCAUACUCUCAAUACUCGAGCGCGCCGUACAGCGGCUACGGUUAUGGAGCAGCGACAAGCGGGUUGCUCAACUCCACGUAUUACUACUGCAACGGGGACACGCUGGCGUCUUCCCACACCAAUUCGCAGCAGGGCGGCGGAUGUAAUAACACAGGACCAGAGAACAGCACGGACGUGGCCAGUCGCUCGCCUUUGGCUGCUACCAGAGCGAGCAGCGGUGCGAGUGCCGCUUCGCCAACCGGAAGUGCAUGCACCAAGCCGGAUCAUACUUCCACGCCAACGGACCUUUAUCUGGCCUGAUUAAUCGAUGGAACAGGAGACCAAUUCCGGGCAGAGGGUUCUCUUUCUGGAGUGGGAACAGCGACCAACGAGUUCGGACGCCAUAUCACGAGGAACCAUGCUGAAAUUAAGCAAUGAUCUCUUUUAUUAAACGGUUCGAACGAACCGUUAUCAUCGAAUGAAAGAUCGCAACACGGAUAACCACGACGAAUUCCCGUUAAGAAAACAGGAAGAAGAACGGAGAGUGUGUGUGUGAGAGAGAGAGAGAGAGAGAAAGAAUUAUGGCGGA